AUGAACGUACUAAGAUGGAUGAACGUCAGCAAGGACGCUGGGAGUGCUGCACAAGACGAACACGAGAGCAAGAGGGAAUGGUGGGAGACGACAGGUGAAACCUACUUUGGCAUGGAGAACUUUGGUAACACCUGUUACGCUAAUUCGGUGCUACAAGCGCUCUAUUUCUGCAAGCCUUUCAGAGAGCUCCUCAUCCAGUUUGCCCGUCUAGAGCAAUAUCAAGUACAGUUGAAACAACGCCCGCAAGAGACACUGAACGUAACGUCCCAGCUCGACGCAGAGUCUUCCGACCCAAGCAGAGCCCGUACCUUGACAAACGAUGCAGACGUUGCCUUCUCGGAAGCCUCGUUCGGCAAACGGUCACAGUCGAGCGCGUCCGUUGUAGAUCGCGAGCGUUUAGCAGAGCUCGAGCGCCAGCGCAAAGCCGCCCUCGCCCGGCCAGGCACCUCCUCUGGCCGCUCUGCUCUAUCUGCUGCUUUCGCGCGCAAGUCAUCAGCGUCCGGCACGGACCUAGCAAAACAAUCGUCAUCAGGCACGCCACGACCGAGUACAGCGCCCUCAUUCGCCAGUCUGUCGACCGCAGCGCAAUCCGCUCAUGCCACUGCCAGUACGCCGGCCUCACCGACGAAGCCAAGUGGAUCGUCUUUGAAUGUCCCUCUGACCAGCCAAGCUCUUCAGAAUGUAGCCGCGUCAGAUCAGAAAGUACUUCAAGCACCAACACUCUACACUGCAUUGCGAGAUCUGUUUGUAGCAAUAUCCUCGCAGCCUAAAGCCCUAGGUACUGUCGCGCCCCAAGCCUUCAUCACCCAGCUCAAGAGAGAGAACGAGCUUUUCCGGAGCACGAUGCACCAAGACGCCCACGAAUUCCUCAACUAUCUCAUCAAUACCGUCUCGGAAGAUGUUGAGGAACGAGCGAAAGGGUUCACCCGGCCAGAUGGCGAGCUGGCUAAUCGAUCAUCGACAUUCAUACACAGCCUGUUUGCGGGCCUCUUGACCAACGAAACUCGGUGUCUGACUUGCGAGACUGUCACGAGCCGUGACGAGGCCUUUUUGGAUCUCUCGAUCGAUAUUGAACAGAAUAGCUCGAUCUCUGCAUGCUUACGGCAAUUCAGCGCGUCGGAAAUGCUCUGCUCGCGGAAUAAAUUCUCUUGCGAUCACUGCGGCAGCUUGCAAGAGGCAGAGAAACGGAUGAAAGUCAAAGAACUACCAAACGUACUGGCAUUACAUCUCAAGAGAUUCAAAUAUCAAGAAAAUCUAGGUCGACAUGUCAAGCUUGGCUAUCGUGUCGUCUUUCCACUCGAGCUGAGACUCUUCAAUACAGCCGACGAUGCAAAGGAUGCCGACAGGCUGUACGAGCUCUUCGCCAUCGUGGUUCACAUUGGCAUCGGACCUCAUCAUGGUCAUUACGUAACAGUUCUUCGAACAGGCUCACGUUGGCUUCUGUUUGAUGACGACAGCGUCACCCUGGUCAAUGAAGCAGAGAUUCAGACCUUCUUCGGGGGCGGAACGGCAUCGGGUGGUGCAUACGUGCUGUUCUACCAAGCAGCAGAACUCGACGUCCAUGCUCUGGCUGUAAGCACAUUCGGCGAGGAGCUUGUCAAUGCUGUCGACAAUGCCCAGCAGCCUCGCAAAGACAUAGUGUUCGAUAUUGGCGCGGCUUCUCUGUCUUCGACACCCAGCCUCCCGACUCAGCCAAAUGAGCCCGAGUUGACACCCGCUAUCGUGCCAGCCAUCGCCCCUGACACACCUUUGCCCGAUCCAAGCAGGGACUUACGCGGGCGGGAUCGAUCGGCGUCGGGUGUACUGCUGCCCUCUACGGUUAGCAACUCGAACAGCGCCGUCGGCUCACGCAAUUGGAUCUCGUCACUCAGAGGCAAGCGGAGUGAAAGCGAAGAAAAGCAGUCGAAGACCUCCAGCAGCCCAGAGACGAAUUUGCUCGGUACUGACACCUCACCCAAGACCUAUCCAAGCGGUUCGAGUCCAGCAGCAUCCACAAGCUCAAUUGCGUUAUCCGAGACGAGCAGCAAGAGCACAAAGGCUUCCAAUGGGCCUAAGCGGCUGUCGAAAUUGAUGCGUUCGGGCAGCACAACGCCACAACAGCACAGCACGCCCCAAGCUUUACCUUCAGAACUGAGCAUGACAGCAGCGCCGCGGUCUGCAUCAACGGCGAGUGCGGUGAAGAUGCCGAGAGAUGAGAAAGAAGCAAAACGAGCGGAAAAAGAUGAACAAAAGAAACGCAAAGUCGAAUUGAAAGCUAAGCAGAAGCAGCUAGACAAGGAACUCAAAUCGACAAAGAAGCUCGGCUUGGGUUUCUUCAAGUCUUGA